CCUUGUUGUUGUUGUUUUUGUAUGAGGCAGUGGAAGCGGCUUUUGGUUUAUUGAUUUGAUUUGCACCUGGCUGAGUGAAGCGCCCCAUGGCACGCGAUUCUCGGCGACUGUGAGCAGCCGGUGACCCCCAACCCAAGGACAUUUCUUCCCCCCCCCGGCAACACACACCGCGUUUGUUGUAUUGUAUUUGGCAACCCGCACCCGUUUUUUUUCAUGACCAAAUCGGCGGCUGCGAUUCAAACGAAGCGAAGCUCAACCGCUAAGAACAUUCGCGCGGCGUCCAUCAAUCGAAGCGGUACUUAAUCGGCUAAAUAUAUAGUGUAAACCAAAUAAGGCCAUGUCGGCGGAUAACUUGGGUAUAACCAAGAGCAGAGGAGGCUCAGGACUGGCAACUGGACCUGGAUCUGGAGCAAGUGCAUCCGAAACGGACAAUGUGACCGCUUUGGAACUGCAGUCCAAUAAACGCAUGCUGUACUUCAGCGAUGGAGUCAUGGAGGAGCUGUCCUCCGGCAGCGAGGACGAAGCGGAUGCGGAAGUGGGCGACAGGUGCUACGAGGUCCAUCUGAACGAGAACGAAAUGGCGCUGGGACCACGCCUCCGGUACAAGGCCAGUCGGAUGGGCAACCGAUUCCUGGCCGGUAUCGACUAUGUGGGCGGUGGACUGGCCUCCUUGCUGGGAAUCACCAGCAGCAAAUAUGCCAGCGAAAUGGAAAACUACCAGAGGGCCAAGGAAAAUGGCGACGAGGACCUUGACAAUUGGCAACCGCAGGCCAACAACAAUAAUAACAACAGUAACCGGAAUGAGACCAUCGUUCUGUGCGGACCAACACGCAAUGAGGCGACCUUGCCACCCACUCGGCAAUAGGCGGCGAACCACCCAACACACGGGUGGGGUUUUCUUGGCGAAAGACGGAAACAAAUGCUCAUGGAGUACUGGCGACACUUGGAGACUCUUUUUUACUUGGUAAAGCCCACGGGAAACAAAUCAAAUCAAAACAGAUCUUAACUUUUCGACACUUUAUUCGCUAGCAAAUAAGUUAUAU